AUCAACGCUAUGAAUUUAGUACAUCUAUUGGUUGCUCUACAAAUUGUCGAAGUUAAAGUAUUCAAAGUGACACAAGCCAAAUGCAAUUUGUCUCCAUGUGAAGUACUCGAGGUAUUGACCACAGGCCGUAGACCCGACUUACCAAACAGUGGCUGUACAAACGAACUCCAUUGGCGGAAACUCGACCGACGAUUACAAGCUAUAGAACAACCGGUAUGGUCUAUAAGUUUUGGGCAGUCACGUUGGCGUCAAUGUUCCAAAGGCUUGUGUAGAUGUGACGCAACUCAUCGCUCGCUCAAGUGUUGGCGAACUGGACUUACAACUUUAUCCCCAGAUUUGAUAGUACCGGCUGAUUUGUAUACUAUAGACCUCGGCACAAACAGACUGCGCACUUUGCAUAAAACCACGUUUAAAGGGAUGCGGUCGUUAACGGAACUGGACAUGUUUGACAAUCACGUCGAAUUCUUACCUUCUGGGAUCUUCGAUUCCCUUGUUAAUUUACGGAUAUUGCGCUUGCAAAGAAACUAUUUAGAAGAAAUCGACAGCGAGGCAUUCAGAUAUACAAAAAAACUAUUUCAUGUUGAUUUGUCUAACAACUUUUUAUAUACUCUGCCUGAGAGGCUAUUUGUCAACAAUUCCUAUCUAGAAACCAUCGACAUUUCAAACAACCAAAUCAUAUACAUACCUUCCGACACCUUUGUUGGACUUGAAUCGCUCACAAUAUUAGAUUUGUCAAAAAAUAAAAUUCAACAAAUAGAAAAUGGUACAUUCAAUUUGAACAACCUCCAAAUUUUGAAAUUGUCAGAUAACAAAAUAAAUAAUAUAACGGAAAAUGCAUUUGAGAACCUCUCUUCUUUAGAAACAUUGCUAUUGGAUAAAAAUAACUUACAAAAUGUUCCCACGAAUUUAUUUCGUCGUUUAUUUUGUUUGACGUUCUUGGAUUUGUCAAACAAUCAUUUAAUUACAUUAACUGGCCUAGAGUUCCUGAAGCUCAGACAGCUUCGCACCUUGGACUUAAAGGAAAACUCCAUAACAGAAAUCCCUGACGAUAUUUUCUUGAAUUGCUCUAAUUUAGAGAAACUGGAUUUGGCAAAAAACAAAUUACGUUUCUUGAAUAUCUCAGCUUUCCAUGGCUUAGAAAAUCUUACAUCGCUUAUACUGUCUGACAAUCAAAUUUAUGAAGUUCAUUCGAAAACAUUUUCAACUCUCAAGAAUCUGACGACCCUGUAUUUGGACAACAACAUGUUCCCAUCGCUACCGUCUCGAACACUAGACUAUAUGCCGAAGCUCGCAAACGUGAAACUAUCCAAUAAUCCAUGGCAUUGUGAUUGUCAUGCUCUUUAUGUGUCUGCAUGGGUGCGCUUGAACGAAAUGAAGAUAUGGGAUUAUUCGCCUACCUGCGUAUCUCCUUGGUAUUUAGAAGGUCAUUUUCUUAAGAAACUAAAGUUUCCUGAGCUAUGUUCAGGACAAUGGGCCAGCAUGGUAAAUCUUUCGCCACGGCUGCCAAUGCAGCAGCUUCUCUCUCUCAAUGUCAGCGUUAACAGAAAACCUCAAGGCAGCAUAGAACAUCAUGGUGAUAUCGACGGCUGGAACUAAUUUAAUCGAAUUGUUUCUUAGAUUAAUAUAAUAGUAUUGAGUGUAUAUU